AUGGUGCAGAAGGGAACAGCUGCAACCAAUAAUAUAUCGGCCACCCCCACGUUUCUGUUCUUCCGGAACAAAGUGCGAAUUGACCAGUAUCAAGGAGCUGAUGCUGUGGGGCUAGAAGAGAAAAUCAAACAGCACCUAGAGAAUGACCCUGGAAACAAUGAGGAUACCGAUAUUCCAAAAGGAUAUCUGCUUAUUACGGUAGCUUUUAAUCAGCCUGUCAAGCUUUAUUCUAUGAAAUUUCACGGACCCGAUAAUGGUCAGGGUCCCAAGUAUGUAAAAAUGUUCAUCAACCUCCCCCGAUCAAUCGAUUUUGAAGAAGCAGAAAGAAGCGAGCCCACUCAAGCCCUGGAACUGUCGCCAGAUGAUAUCAAAGAAGACAGCAUUAUCCCGCUUCGCUAUGUAAAGUUUCAGAACAUCAACAGUGUAACUUUAUUCGUCCAGUCCAAUCAAGGAGAUGAGGAAGCAACGAGAAUCACGUAUUUCACAUUCAUCGGGACGCCAGUCCAAGCGACAAAUAUGAAUGACUUUAAGCGGGUGGUAGGCAAGAAAGGAGAGAGCCACUAGAUCACAAGGAAGAAAACACUGGAAGGCCUUACUGCAAUCAACGCGAGAUCAUCACGUGUAUCUCAGACUCCCGGGAAGCCGCUCGACCCCCCAACACAAGAGAGACUCUCCGUCUGUUCCAUUUUAAUACCAUUACAAAUAAAAAUUGCUGCAUUUUUUUUUUUUUGUUAGUACGGGAUUUCACUCAAGUGUUUACUGUUGUAAUCUUGGGACGUGGAUUUGUAA